AUGCGUCUCCUGCUCUUUGCGACUUUCCUCGCAGCGCUCGUGGACGCAGGAGAUGCUCUUCAGAUCCAGUGUUUCCAGUGUGAGGAGAUGAAGCACAACGACUGCUCCACACCGGAGUUCAUCGUCAACUGCACCGUCAACGUGCAGGACAUGUGUCAGAAGGAGGUUCUGGUCAAACCCGACGGAGUCCACUACAGGAAGUCGUGUGCCUCGUCGGGGGCGUGUCUCAUCGCCUCCUCGGGCUACCAGCAGUUCUGCACCGGGAGGUUGAACUCCGUCUGCAUCUCCUGCUGCAACACGCCGCUCUGCAACGGGCCCAAGAGGAAGCGCCCCGUCCCCUCGGCGGCGGUGCACCCCCAGAGGAGCCGUCGCCUCCUCCUGAGCGUUCUCCUGCUGCCGCUGAACCUCCUCACGUAG